CUUGGGUUGGUCGAAAGAGCUCUCGUCAAAGGUCCUCCACUGGGGGCGCCGAUUUUUACUCCAAUGCGUUGGUCCAAAUCAUUCAGCGGUACGCAGAUAUGAUGGAAAGUCCCCAAUGCUGUGGCUAAGCCUCGUUUCUAGGCUCCAACGCCCAAGCCGCCGUUGGAUUUUUUGUCGAAAGCAACUUUAAUGCCGACGGCGCCAGUUUCCAAGCGCAAGCCUAUGCAAUGGGUUCAUUAUUCCGCACAAACUUCGACAUUGCAGCGGCGAGCGUGACGGCGGCAUGGACAAGUAGUGGGUACAUGUCAUUCACCAUGUACACGGUAGUGUUCCUCCUUGACCUAUCCACCAUGCGACAGAAACCAUAUUACCUGAUCAAUGUACAGUAUGCAGGCCAGACGGCAUUCCAACUGAAACAGGGCGAUCCAUGCACCAUUUCACUACCCGACAGCCCCGCGAUUACUAUCCGCGAGACACGAACUUUUAUACAAGCGCGGUACUUCUAUGGUAUCCCCGGCAUCGCCAAUGUCAAUCUUCAGGUCCAGCUGCUGGGCUGGUUCGAGGUUGGAUACGGUGUGCAGCUCGUGACCAAGGACCUGAUCAAUCCCCUCCCUGGGCAGAUAGUAGGGUACAUCCGACCGGGUGCUGGGCUUGGUGGUCAGAUCUCCGCAAACGUUCAGAUCCUAGUGGCCUCGGGAGGACUCCAGGGCAAUCUUGAUUUCGCUGCCGUGUCCAUUCCGGCCGGUGGCGGCAUGAUCACCAAUUCCCUGAGUCCCUUCAGCGUUGGAUUUGGCGAUGUCAUCCAGCUCCAAGGUCGGUUCUUGAGCGGCCGCGUCUCCCUCCAUGUCAGUAUAUGGAACUGCUGCUGCUGGUACUGCUGGUUCUCGUGCUGCUUCCGAUGUGGCGGAGGGUGCAACUGGGGCCGUGACUACACCAUUUUCCAAUGGGCGGGCAUCAACCCUUCGCCGUUCCAGAUCGACAGCCGCCGAAACUUGUGCGCCUCUCUGAUAUCCUCGACGGAUCUGCCUCCGGUGGAUUAUAGUCGCGAGCAAGCGCGUCUUUCACAACCCGAAAUCCGACCUUUUAGCGCUACACCGCCAGAAGGCAUGCCACCGGUUGGGGACGGGGACCCAACAGAUUCGGAAUUCUGGUGCUUGUGUGAGGGCUUCUUCAACCCAGCGGCGGGUUUCCAAUGGCUCACUGCCAGCGCGCCCAACAAUUACGGAUACCUCUUCACAGUGAGUCAUGCACAGCUGGACGGACUCCAUGUGCGAACACUGACCUUUGCAGAGCACGAGUUUUCUCCUUCCGGAAUCCGGCAUGGUUACGGAUAUGGACUACGAUUGCAGCAGAUACCCAGGGAACUGCCAGAACACAGCCUGUUGGCACGACUGGUAUCCUUCAGCCCCGAAAAAGCUGGAGUGGACCUACGAUGACAACAUUGGCAACCAACGAUCAUUUAGUAUGUCCGCCAUCAGUAAGGUUUCGGCCGGGUCGAAUUUGCACAAGGACGAAUGUCCAGUGAACAAGGUGAGUGCGUCCUUCCGACUUAGUGGAAACGGUGGAUACGGGUAAAACUCACACGUCCA